AUGCUACGUGGACAAUUGAUUUUGAUUGAAGGGUUAGACCGAUCGGGUAAAUCUACUCAAGCUUCAAUACUAGCUUCCAGGUUCACUCAAUCCAAGCUCAUAAAAUUCCCAGAACGAUCAACUGCCAUUGGCCAAUUAAUCAAUGAGUACUUAACCAAUAAACAAUUUCAACUAAGUGAUCAAUCAGCACACUUGUUAUUCCUGGCUAAUAGAUGGGAAUUGAAUCAAGAGAUUUUGAAUCUAUUACAUCAAGGAUAUUUUGUCAUUUUGGAUCGAUAUAUAUAUUCAGGAAUUGCCUACACACUCGCCAAACAUAAAGACAUGGAAACAACUGGAGCCACAGAGGCUACGAGUGUUGACAGUUCAACAAACCUAUCCAAUGUUGAAUGGCUAUUGGCACCAGAUAAAGGGUUGCCUAAACCUGACUUGACCAUGUUUCUAACUCUAGAUAUGGAUGAAAUAAGUUCAAGAAAAGGUUGGGGUGAUGAAAGAUACGAAAUGGUGGAGUUUCAAUCACGAGUGAAGCAAUGCUUCUUGGAAGUACUUGAUGAUGCCAGUGAUCCUAGUGUUAGGAUUGUUGAUGUGGGAAAGAAGUCGAUUGAACAAGUGGCUGAUUUACUUUGGAAUGUUGUUGAGUCAAGUAAAGCGAACGUAUUGACUGAUAAAUCUAUAGGUCAUGUAUAG